CAUUUGACAUUACAUGUCUUCCCAGAGUUCCGUACGUGAAGCCAUAUUGCAAUACACACUAAUGAAGUGACGAAUUUUUGGAAGUGAAAACAAAGUAGAAUUCGCUCAACUUUUGUCUCAUAAUUGUUAUUCUGAAAGUGAUGCAUGCCUCUCUCAAGCAAAGAAAAGAUUGCCUCAUGCAAGACCACCCUGGAGGCGAACACGCGAAAGCGUAGAGCGUCUGAUAACAAUCACCUUCACACGAAGAGAGCCAGGGAAGAUCUCGGCACCGGCGAACACAGGCAGUCGUCGGAAGGCAAAAACAUGGGUGAAGCGACGCCCAAAAGAGCGAACUUUUCUGCAUUAAAUCCGUCUAAUAACGGGUUCAAUAGCAGGUCAUCACCUCUCGUGAAUAACAAACCAGGGACCUCUAAAAAGCUUGUUAUAAAGAAUUUCAAAGUCAAGCCAGUCCUCCCAGCCAACUACCAGCAGCAGACAUGGGACAGACUAAAGGAGGCCGUCCAAGCCAUCCACAAGAGCAGGCCCAUCAAGUACAGUCUCGAGGAACUCUACCAGGCAGUCGAAAACAUGUGCUCACACAAGAUGUCUGCCUCCCUCUACGACCAGCUCAAGGAAGUCUGUGAGCAGCAUGUGGCAUCACAGACUAAACAGUUUACUAGUGAGAUGACGGAUAGCCUGACGUACCUGAAGCAACUAAAUACUUGUUGGCAGGAUCAUUGUAGGCAAAUGAUCAUGAUCAGGAGUAUAUUUCUGUUUCUGGAUAGGACGUAUGUAUUACAGAAUUCACUAGUAUCAUCACUUUGGGAUAUGGGGCUAGAUCUCUUUCGAUCUCACAUCAUAAGCAACAGGACUGUACAGAAUCGGACCGUAGAGGGCCUCUUGAUGCUUAUAGAGAACGAGAGGACGGGGGAUGUCGUUGAUCACAGUCUUCUCAAAAGUCUUCUUCGAAUGCUCUCAGAUCUACAGAUCUAUGAGGAAGCAUUCGAGAAGAGGUUCCUUGAAGCCACUCAGAUGCUGUAUGGUGCUGAAGGCCAGAGACUCGUCCAUGAGAGAGAGGUACCAGAGUAUCUCAUCCACGUUGAUAAACGAUUAGAAGAAGAAGCGCAGAGAAUUCUGCAUUAUUUAGACCACACAACCAGGAAACUUCUUAUUGCCUGUGUAGAAAAACAACUGCUAGAAGACCACAUUGGAACCAUUCUCCAGAAAGGUUUGGACAGUCUACUAGACGCCAAUCGGGUAGACGAUCUUACGCUACUCUACAGACUGCUACAGAGGACAAAGAAUGGCCUCCUUGAUUUAUGUCAGUACUUCAGUGCUUUUAUCAAGAAAACCGGCACUACCAUAGUGAUAGACUCUGAGAAGGACAAGACGAUGGUCCAGGAACUCCUCGACUUCAAGGAAAAGCUGGACAACAUCCUGGAGACCUGCUUCGCCAAGAACGAGAAGUUCUCCAUCUCCCUGAAAGAGUCCUUUGAGAAUUUCAUCAACAAAAGGCUCAACAAACCAGCUGAACUUGUCGCCAAGUAUGUUGACAACAAGCUCAGAGCCGGUAACAAGGAAGCUACAGAGGAAGAGCUUGAGAGACUCCUGGACAAGAUCAUGGUUCUAUUCAGGUUCAUCCACGGGAAGGAUGUUUUUGAAGCGUUCUACAAGAAAGACUUGGCCAAGAGACUUCUAGUUGGAAAGAGUGCAUCAGUGGAUGCUGAAAAAUCCAUGCUAUCCAAACUCAAGCAAGAAUGUGGUGGUGCCUUCACAUCCAAGCUAGAAGGAAUGUUCAAAGAUAUGGAACUAUCUAAGGACAUCAUGGUCGCAUUCAAACAGCAUAUGCAACACCAAUGUCAAACGACCGUAAUGGAUCUUAGUGUGAAUAUCCUGACCAUGGGGUACUGGCCAACGUAUAAACCUCUGGAGAUUCAUCUACCGUCGGAGAUGGUUAAUCUUCAGGAGCAGUUCAAACGGUUUUACCUUGGGAAGCACAGCGGUCGUAAACUACAAUGGCAACCAAGUCUAGGUCACUGUCUGGUCAAGGCUCAGUUCAGAGAAGAGGGCUCAUCAGUGAAGGAGCUUCAGGUCUCACUCUACCAAACACUAGUCCUACUCCUCUUCAAUGAAGGAGACAACUUCUCACUAGAGGAUAUCAGACAAGCUACUAACAUAGAGGAUAGCGAGCUAAGGAGAACACUUCAGUCAUUAGCCUGUGGUAAGGCCAGAGUCAUCUUAAAACAACCAAAGGGUCGAGAGAUAGAGGAUGGUGACAAGUUUGUCUUUGCCAAAGAUUUCAAGCACAAACUCUUCAGAAUCAAGAUCAACCAGGUCCAGAUGAAAGAAACGGUGGAGGAGCAGGUAAACACCCAGGAGAGGGUGUUCCAGGAUCGACAGUACCAGAUUGACGCAGCUAUCGUCAGGAUUAUGAAGAUGCGCAAGUCGCUCAGCCACAACCUGCUCGUCUCCGAGCUCUACAACCAGCUAAGAUUUCCAGUCAAGCCGUCAGAUCUGAAGAAGAGAAUAGAGAGUCUCAUCGAUCGUGAUUACAUGGAGCGCGACAAGGACAACCCGAACCAGUAUCACUACGUAGCAUAAACCAGCAAGGCUUGUACAGAGACUACAAUUGUAAACCCCCCCUAAGGGGGGCGUCUAGAUAGUGAGAAAAAAAAAGACAAUGAAACUACCAUGGUGGGUAGUCGGCUGUUUGUGAAAUGCCAAUUGUACUUGAAGAAUUCUUGAUUUUUGAAGCUGAACUUUCUCCUGCUGUGUGUUCCUCCGCCCAUGGCUAUACCGGCGUUCGAAGCAAGCGGAAAGGAUCGCAAAGGUCUUGUCAACAGAAAUGAAAAAGUGGUUUUAUUUUGUCUCAUCUUCUGUCACCAAUGACUAUUUUGAUGAUGAUAUUUUCAUCUGAUUGCACCAAGUUACUUGUUUCUUAAGGAAUAUUUACUUGCAGCUAUUUAAUAGCGGGGAGGGAAGGGAUUGUACUUUCGACGAUUACAGUGUUUACUAAGUUUAUGAUUUAGAUAAAUAUAGCCCAGUUUGAUUUUCUAAAAGGUUGUACACGAUUUGAGAAGAAGGAUUCUUAAGCUCCGCGCCCCAGUCGUUGUUGGGGGAAAUUUAAACUACAAAUGAGUUUUCUCAGUAGCAGGUGUUAAUCGCCCAGGGUGGAAUGGAGUGUUAUGACUUAAUACAGACCUGCCAACCAGUACGUUUUUGGUGUAUUUAGUAUGUUUUUGCAACCAAAAUAUGGCAGUUCGUUCUUU